UUUGUAACUAUUUUCAAUUAAAUAUAGAUAUACAUGUUAGCAAAAGUCAUUGCAUUCUGUUUUUACUUGCAUUUUUCGGAGCGUCGAAGCAUUUUGAAAACGGGGUUGUAAUUGUCUUGACCUGACAAUUAUAGCAAAAGGCAACUCACGGGCUUUGUAGUUCACUGUUAAUAUAUCACGCCAAAUGGCAAAACUUGGCCGUUGCACAUUGGCCAUAUACCACGCCCCCUUGUGCGUUAUGGUAUAUAUUAUUCUUCAUUUUUCGUGGUUUCAUUUUUGUUUAUUUAAAAACAUUUGUCCAUCAAUAAAAUGUCUCAAUCCUAAUAGUGAUUAAUUGCACAAUUGUAUCUCAUGCCAUUUUUUCAAUAAAAAUAUAGUACAAUCACUCACUCAGCAAAGCUAUUCCCUCUGUGUGCCUGAUGUCGUUGAUGUCUUUCUGCUGAUCGUCUCUGGGCCUUGACGACAUGUUUCAUACAAUACAACAAACCUACCAAUUGUACAACGCUAGGUGUUUCCAGACCUGAGACAUGCUCCAGCCACGGAAUAUUCUCUUCAGACUCAAGUGGGUAGGGUCAAGGUCUUGCUCCAACUAUGUCUCCAGGAUGAGGUACCUCAGUAGGAUGAAGCAGGAUGACGAGGUGUGUCGAACAGCAUUGCAGUCUGGGAACAUUUUCCUUUAUCACCAACUGGCUCCUCUCCUGCAGCGGACUGACAUUGGAACAUACCAGUUUCCAGCCUUCCCGGCCGAAGAUGUAAAAGGAAUUCUUGAAAACCUUGGAGAAAGCAAUGAAAUGCUGUGGGAAACUAUUCUCAUCAACUGCACUGAACGGAACAAAGCCCAGUUUUCCUUAGAUGUUGGGUCUAUAGAACAGGCUGCUGUGGAGAAACUCUGUGGAGGAACCUUCACAGACCUGAGAAAAGCUUUCUUCCUACUCAGAGGACCUGAAGCAACAUUGGCAGCCAGAGUAGUGCAUUUUCAUCAUCAGGGGCAGGCACUUCUACGGUGGCACCAGACAAAUGGCUUCUGCAGUUCCACUGGGCAGCCCACACAAAGGAAUCAGUCUGGCAGUCAACGUGUGUGCCACAGCAGUGGUAUCACAUAUUACCCUAAGAUGUCUCCAGUGGUGAUUGCACUGGUGUCUGAUGGGAAACGCUGUCUGCUGGGGAGGCAGUCCACCUUCCCACGGGGGAUGUACAGUGCACUGGCAGGCUUCUGUGACAUGGGUGAGACCAUGGAGGAAACACUCUGCCGGGAGAUUGCUGAAGAAGUUGGGCUAGAGGUGGAGUCUAUCCAGUACUCAGGCUCUCAGCACUGGCCGUUUCCACAGAGCUCCUUGAUGGUGGCAUGUCAUGCCACUGUCAACGCGGACAACACACGGAUCAGGGUGGAUACGGUGGAGUUGGAGGAUGCUCGGUGGUUCAGCCUUGAGGAAGUCCAGGAACUUCUCAAGAUCAAGGCACCUCCUCGGAACAAUAAAGGAGAGCCCCCUGUUUUCUGGGUACCACCAAGGUACGCCAUAGCGAACCGGCUAAUACAGGAAUGGGCCAACCAACAACAGCUCAAAUCAUGACAACAUAGAGGAAUAUUCAACAGCAUAAAAGCUGAUGAAGCAACAAAGAUCAGCUUAAGACCAGGCUGACAAACUUUAUUGUGUGAAGUGCUUGGAAAUAAGAAGUUUGACUGUUGAAGUAAAUGCAAAUUACGGGUCCUUGAGAGACACUACUGGGGGAAGUGACCAUGUUUGAUAUACUCUAAAUGGAAUAAUUUUUCUUGUGCCCCAAAAUACUGUUCAGAUUUUUUACAUUCUUUGACCUUGUCCAUUAAUUACUAUUUAAAAGGAGACAAGGAGAAUGGGUGCAAGAAUCAUGUAAUUGAAAUCUUCUCUCUUAUUCAAGAUGGCCUUAUUUCAUCACUUGCUUUAAAAGUGGACGAUCUGGCAAUCUUCACACAAUAUUACAAUGAGGCUCAAAAUGAUAUACAGAGAGAAUGGUUCUAAGUGUAUCAAGUAGAGUAAUAUUAUACGUGUUGUAUGAACAUAAACUUAAUAAAGUCCUCAAAUUAUA